UAUAUUACAAGGAUGCCAAUGCAAUAAUAACUUAACCCCAUGGAAUUCUCUGUCACCAAAUCCAGUGGAAGCUUGGUUCCACCUUUUGCACCAACACCUUCGGCCGUGCUUGAUCUCUCACGAAUCGAUAGAUUACCAGUCCUCAGAUGCAAUGCUCGGACACUUCACGUAUUCCAGGCACUGGAUUCUCCUGGAGCCGCAAAAUCAACAAUACGGGAGGCCUUGUCCAAGGCACUCGUCCCUUACUAUCCUCUAGCUGGUCGUCUUACCCAACACAACCCACAUGACCUUCAGAUUGAAUGCAGCGGAGAGGGCGUUUGGUUUGUGGAGGCAUCUGCCACUUGUAGCCUUGAAUCUGUUGGUUGCUUUGAGGACAUCACUUCCAUUCCUUUCGACAAACUACUUCCUCAUCAUCCUCCUGAAAAUCAAGGCUUCGACCCUCUUGUUCUAAUGCAGGUGACAGAGUUUGAAGGUGAUGGGUUUGUAAUGGGUCUGACAUUCUGCCACACAAUAUGCGAUGGUUUAGGAGCAGCGCAGUUCCUUAAUGCAGUUGGUGAGUUUGCUAGAGGUGCCCAGCAUCUAAAGGUUGCCCCCGUGUGGCAGCGUGACUUUCUUCCACAACCACGAGCAAAUCCUUCAACUAGCCUAGCACCAUCAAAUCUCGUGCUCCCAGAUUAUGAGCUGGAGCAUGCCAAUAUAGACAUUCCACUCGACCACAUCAAUAGGCUGAAGCAGAAAUUCCUUGGACAUUGUUCGUCUUUUGAAAUUGUAGCAGCCAUUCUCUGGAAGAACCGGACUCAGGCGAUUGGUGUAGGGUCUGAAAAUAGGAUGAUGAAGCUUGUGUUUUUUGCAAACUGCCGUCAGCUGGUAGAUCCUCCUUUACCACAAGGUUUCUACGGAAACUGUUUCUUCCCGGUGACUAUCAGUGCAUCUAACGACACCCUGGCACAAUCAUCGACCAUUGAGGUGGUGAGAAUGAUCCAGGAGGCGAAGGCCAGGCUGCCUAAAGAAUUUGCAGAUUGGGUAACUAAUAUUAAUGGAGAACAAGGGAAGAAGGAAGACCCAUUUGCCCCACCGCUAGGAUACACAACCUUGUUUAUAUCGGAAUGGGGACGACUUGGUUUUAAUCAAGUUGAUUAUGGAAAAGGACCACCCCUCCAUGUUGUUCCGGUGCAAGGCUCCAGCAUUAUACCUGCUGCGAUCGUGGGCAGCCUGCCUCGACCAAAAAAAGGAAUACGUCUGAUGACAUGGUGCGUCAAGAAGCACCAUAUUCAGCCUUUACUUCAUGCCAUCACAACUGUAAUUAAUUAAUUGUUGGUAUAUAUUGUUUUCAUGUGAUACUUUUGGACCUAUAUAAUUAAAUGUAUUAUAUAUGCAAUAAAAAUAAAGAGACCGUGGGCCUGGUUUCAAAUAAA